AUGAUCAUGCUGGGCGUGUUAGGGGCUACCAAAGCAGCAUGGGGUAUGCUGACUAACACACGUCGAUCAGAUGUAAAGUUGGAGUACAUGAAUGCUGGUGGAUCGAUGGAAGAUCGUGCUGCGAUUCGGAUGAUUGAGAAUGGUCUCACGAAGGACCAGACGGUUGUGGCACCUGCUUGCGGAAACGUAGCGGUUGGUAUAGCACUUGCUUGUGCGGUAAAAGGCUACAGAUGCAUCAUCGUCAGUCCAUCCAAGCCGGGUCAUGAUGUCGAGGAUGUUCUCGUUGCUCUUGGUGCAGAGGUUGUUCUCGCAAAUCUUGAAGGAGCUCACAAAGCCAUCAGUUUUAUCGAUUAUGCAAAGAUUGUCGCCCACGGAAUUGAAAACUCCUAUUUCCUUGACGAGGAGGAUUCUGUUGUCAAUUCCCUGGCUCAUUAUGAGAGCACAGCCGUCGAAAUUGCCACCGCUCUCAACAAUAAGGUAUAUGGCGUUUGUAGCGAUGACUCAUCGUAUCCCCCCGUUCCUGAGCUGAGCUGUAAAAAUUCUUCAGCAAUUGCUGAUUUUUCAUCUGGCACUGGAGUUGAAAUGGUGCAUUCUAAGGAUGCCUUCCUCAUGGCACGCCAACUAAUCAAGGAAGAGGGAUUGAUGAUAGGACCGUCAUCAGGCGCAGCGGUAUUUGCCGCACUGAAGCUGGCUGAAUCCUUGCCGGAAGGCAGCAAUGUUGUGGUGGUGGCAGCUGAUGGAAUUAGGAAUUAUAUGAAAGAACGUCCAGCUGUUAUGAAUAACGUUUUGGAGGCUAUCAACAAUACCCCACUGGUAAAGCUUCAAAAAGUUCCGAAAGACAACGGAGUCAAGUGCAAUAUGUAUGUGAAAUGCGAAUAUUUCAAUGCUGGAGGUUCAACAAAGGACAGAAUAGCGCUCCGAAUGGUUGAACUUGCUGAAGCUGAAGGAAGAUUGAAGCCCGGAAUGACUUUAAUUGAGCCAACAUCAGGAAACACUGGAAUAGGACUUGCUCUUGCAGCUGCUGUGAAAGGAUACGGAUGCAUCAUUGUUAUGCCUGAGAAAAUGUCUAAAGAAAAAGCCUUGACUGUGGAAGCGCUUGGUGCGGCCAUUGUCAGAACUCCCAAUGAUGCAGCAUUCGACUCCGCCUAUUCUCAUAUUGGAGUAUCUCUACGGUUACAAAAUGAAAUCCCAGGUGCCAUCAUCCUUGAUCAGUAUCGCAAUAUGGGCAAUCCCUUGGCGCACUAUGAACAGACAGCCGAGGAAAUCAUAGAUGCUCUAGAUGGCAACGUAGAUUAUGUGGUAAUUGGCGCUGGAACGGGAGGAACUGUAACCGGUUGCGCAAAAAAGAUCAAGGAGAAAAUCCCGAACUGCGUGGUGGUUGGCGUGGAUCCAGAGGGUUCAAUUCUAGCCGAUCCAAGUCUCGGCGAGACAGCUUUCUAUGAAGUUGAAGGUGUAGGAUACGAUUUUGUCCCCGGAACUCUGAACCGAGAUGUGGUCGACAAGUGGUUGAAGUCAACUGAUAAGCUCCGCGAGCUCAUUCGUAAAGAAGGAAUCCUAUGCGGAGGCUCUUCGGGAUCGAAUGUUCAUGCUGCUCUGGAAGUUGCUCGUGGUCUUCCUGAAGAUAAGAAUGUUGUGGUGAUCCUUCCAGAUGGCAUUAGGAACUACCUUACGAAGUUCGUAAACAACGAAUGGAUGUUGGUGAGACAUUUCAACGUGACUGGUCAAGCUUAA